AUGGUCGUUUUGUUUGCGGUUCGUGAAUAUAAAUGUUAUUUUGAAGAAAUAUUGGACUUGCGGAUAAUCAUGGAAAAAAAAUGGGAUGCAAACGAAGCAGAGCUCUUGCAGAUGCAGCCAGAAAUAGAUUCUAAUUCCAACAUAAAAGUUGUGACAUUAAAGGAUCUUCAAAAACGACGCCAGGAACUUCUUCUUAAAAGACAAAACAUUUUAAACAAACCCCUUUCUCGAAAUCUAUCCACAAUUUUGGGUUCAUCUCAACCUAAAUUUCCAGCUUCACCUAUAUGCGUAUCUUCAGAUAUUGAUUAUGAUAUAGCUAAUUGUGAUACCUUAACGACUAUCUUUCAACCUAUUUAUCCCAGCAUUUCAGCCACUGUUUCACCGGACGUUGCAGAAGAAACUGUCGGCUGUUCUAAUGACCCUGUCAUAACAUAUACUGAUGUUACCGAAGAAACUGUUAUGGAUUUCUCUCCUGAUAAUUCUAUCGCCGAUCCAGACUUUGUACCGCUAUCUGAUAUCACCAACGUAGAGCCUAUGGUAUCUGAUGAUUUUGAUUCAUUUCCGGAACAAAAUUUAGAGGGAGAUGCAGCAAAAGAGUCAAGAAAACGAAAGCAAAAGGCUGACCGUAAAACUUGGAGGAGAGAGUUAAACAAGAAAGAUAGGAUGUUAGGAAAAGCAUAUGUUGGGUUUAGAAAAGUUAAUAAUAAGUAUAUUCAAGAAGGAUCAAAACCUCAGAGGGCUAUGGGCCCUAAGUGCAGUUCGUCAUUUUGUGCUCGUAGUAAAGUUCUAUUUUGUUCCAAUUUGACUGAGGACAUACGACAACAGAUUUUUGAACGUUUCUGGAGCAUGACGUGGAAAGAGAAAAAAAUGUAUGUACGGUCGAUGGUUGACACAGAAAAUAUAAAAAGGAAGACGACAGAAAGUAAAUCUAGACGGUCGGAAACAAGAUUAUAUUACCUGCAAAUACAUGGUAAGAAGGAAAGAGUUUGCUUGAAAACAUUUCUAGCGACACUAGCUAUAAAGGAG